AUGGGUAAUCAUCAUUCGGUAAAACGUGAAUGCUUACAUGAAGCAAUUCGUCGCAAAGACGUGAAGAAAAUCAAACAAAUUAUCUAUAAUAGUGACUCAGAUUUUAUUAAAAAUGAUUUCAAAUCACUUGAAUUAGCAACAUUGUACAACUUAACUGAAGUAGUCGAACUUCUUCUCAGUCGCGGUUGUGUACCAAGAGACAAACGAACAGCACGUGCAUUCGAUCUCGCGGUAUGGAAGUGCCAUAAAGACAUUGCUACGAUGUUUUUAAAAGCUGGUAUCGAGUACAAAGGACGUAAUCAAUUCAAUGAAACGAUACUAUUUGUUUCCGCUUGUGGAAACAAUUCAACUCUAACAGAAAUGCUUAUUGAAGGUGGCUGUGAUUUGAAUGAAUGUACACGAAGUUGGACUGCUCUACAUGUUGCUGCUGCUAGAAAUCAUGAUGAAGUUCUACGAGUACUUGUUAAACACGGAUGUGAUUUAAACACUCGAGAUAGAGACGGUUUCAAUGCACUAAUGCUUGCAAUUUUAAAUGAGAAUAUGAAAAAUAUUAAACUACUUGUUCAAUCUGGAUGUACAAUAAACAUCGAAGAAUUGUAUUCAAUACCUUGUCUCGCUAAACAACUGGCUAAAUAUCCCGAAAUCGAACGAAUCCUUUGGAAUGAAUGCACACGUGUUAAAAAUCUCAAAGAAUUAUGCCGUCUUCGCAUACGAACGAGUUUAGGACAGCGUACCUGGAAGAAAACAUCACAGUUAUUAUUACCAACACGUCUGAAAGAUUAUGUCGCUUUGAAAGAGUACUUUGUUCUAUAUGGUGAUGAACAACAACAACAACAAAUAGCUUCACCACCAACGAAUCUACAUGCAAUUCAAUCAUAA